GCCGAUUGUUCCCUUUAUAGUUUCAAAUAACAAAGUGUAGACAGUUAGGAAAAUAGACAGUGAGAAGAAACAUUUACAAAGCGACGGAGGAAGAUGUAAAGCUUAAGAUGUUUUACAUUUUACUUGUGGUGUGUUGGUGCCUUUGUCAUGUCAGCGGUUCGGUGGAGGAAGCUGGUGUUGAGAGGGAGAGCAUUAUGCCUGUCCCAGAAGGUAACUUGACACUAUCCUCUCCAAGUACUGCUAGUUCAAAUGGGGUUAUUCCACUCAAGUCACCAAAAAAGGAAGGGCCUUUGAGGUGCGUAUGCUCAGACUGCCCUACUAAAGAAUGCAUUACAGAUGGAUAUUGUUAUGCAAUCUUCACCUUAGAAAAAACUGGGGAGACUACAUCUUUUAAGAAGCAGGCGUGCCUGGACAAAAAGAAGCAGUUCCCUCCUGAAAAGGCACAUAAGUGCCGUCACGGGCACUCACAUACCGAGUACCCAAAUCUGAUAGAAGAUGUGCUGUGUUGUCGAGAUGCGGACUUCUGUAACGACAAGUGGCCCACACCACCUCCGGGAAAGUCGCCGUCGAAUUCUGUCAUGCGUCCUGACAGCACCCCUUCCUCCUGGGGUGAGCUGAACCGUAGGGGGGAGGAAGAGGAACCUCCAGAAUGGAAACUUUGGCACAUAAUUCUUGUGGCAUCCAUCUUACUGUUUCUCCUCCUGGCAAUAAUUGUCAUAUCCCUUGGGUGGCUCUGGCAUCACAGAAAGCAGAGGAGUCAGCGGUUACGGAGAGGGUUUCCUGAUGUUGAGUCAGUUCUUGAUCGAUCAGAAGUACCAUUAAUGGGACCUCAUACUCCCAUUCGAGAUGUCAUAGAACUUACAUCCAGUGGCUCAGGCUCUGGUUUGCCCUUAUUGGUGCAGCGAAGCAUUGCCCGCCAGAUACAGCUCAUUGAAAUUAUUGGCAAAGGGAGAUUUGGAGAAGUGUGGCGUGGAAGAUGGCGUGGGGAGUAUGUAGCAGUUAAGAUAUUCUCUUCCAGAGAUGAAAGAUCAUGGUUCCGAGAAGUUGAAAUCUACCAAACUGUUAUGUUAAGGCAUGAUAACCUAUUAGGUUUUAUAGCAGCUGAUAACAAAGAUAAUGGUACCUGGACUCAGCUGUGGUUAGUUACUGAUUAUCAUGAGAAUGGUUCAUUAUUUGAUUAUCUGAUGAGAUAUCCAGUUGACACUGUAGGAAUGAUUCGUAUGGCUCUUUCUAUUGCAACUGGUCUUGCUCAUCUCCACAUGGACAUAAUGGGAAACAAAGGAAAGCCUGCUAUAGCUCAUCGUGAUUUGAAGAGCAAGAAUAUUUUAGUAAAAUCAAAUGGUACGUGUGCCAUAGCUGAUUUAGGGUUAGCGGUGCGAUAUGAGUCCGCCACUGACAGUGUGGACAUAGUGCACAAUAACAGAGUGGGCACUAAAAGAUACCUAGCUCCUGAGUGUCUUGAAGAAUCAAUAAAUAUGAAUCAUUUUGAUUCCUUCAAAAGAGCUGAUGUGUACGCACUUGGCCUGGUAUACUGGGAAAUUGCAAGAAGAUGUAACACAGGUGGUGGAUGUGAGGAAUAUCAGUUACCUUAUUAUGAUAUGGUUCCAAAUGACCCAACUAUAGAGGACAUGCGAAAAGUGGUUUGCAUCUAUAAACAGCGUCCAAUCAUACCAAAUAAGUGGCAGUCAUGUGAGGAAUUAAGAGUCAUGAGUAAACUUAUGAAGGAAUGUUGGUAUCAGAAUGCAGCAGCAAGACUAACAGCUCUUCGCAUCAAAAAGACCCUGGCCAAUCUUGGAGCUCAUGAUGAUUUGAAGUGCUGAGUUGGACAGAAGAAUAGACAGCUAAGAGAAUGUUGACAUUCCUUUGUUUUUGUGGAGGAAUUUGGAGUGCAUACCCUAGUACUGUAAAGCUGACUAGAAUGAGGAGUUUCAUUUAAUCUCCACAUGAAAUGAAGUGUGACUGUGACAUACUGAUACAAGUACUGAGUGAGGUACGUAGUUACCAAAUAGUAAAUUUACACCUCACACUGAAACUAGUGUGUUGGUAAAUAACUAUAUAUUACCUCUCAUUAGCUUUUCUGUAUCAUAUCUUUGUCCCACAACGUGACUUUGCGUUUAUAGAGGAAAGUUGCAUAGAUUUGUGCACUUUUGAUGCUGUCAUUUUGUUGUCGGUGGCAAUUUGAAAUGUGAUGCAGAAUGAAGGUACAUAUGACUUUGUUCUUGAACACUAACAAUUGCUGAUGGAACCAGCAAUAUGAUACUUCUGAAAAAAUUUAGUCAGAACAUUAAAGUUAAUAUAUAACAGAAAUGUAUGAAACUAUGUAUUUAUGUAUUGUAUAUAUAUACAUAAAUAUAUAAAUUAUAUAUAGUAUAUAUAUACACAUAUGCAUGGUUUAUGCCUAUACAUAUUUUAAGAAAAGUAUAUUAUGAGAGUUAUGAUGGGUUAUGUGCUCUAAAGUGUAUAGUGUGAGAAUAUUUAAGGUUAACAAGGAUUCUGUUUUUGACAAAUACUAUGAAAGAAAAGUCAAGCAGUGUUAUCAAAAUUAUUUAUGUUGUAAUUGGAAAUAAAACCAAAAGAUUUUCUAAUAUCUGGAUGUAUAGAUGGGUUUGGAUAUGUGAGAAAUUAUUUUAGCACAGUACAGUACGUUCAUAUACAUAUGUGAAGGAAAGCAACUUGUAAGACAUAUAGUGUGAUUAAUAUUAGCAUAUUAUACAUUUUAAGUUUUUGUCUGAGGAAUGCAUACAGUAUUUUUUCAUGCUACAUCAACAGAUUGAGAUUUCAAGAUCUAGAGAGUAAGAAGUCCAUCUUAUUACAUACCAAACAAUAACGGUUAUACUAGUAAGUAGUUUGGUUCAAUGCUGAACUGUGAAACUAGGAAAAAUUUUGUAAACAUUGUCAAUUGUUUUGACAAAAAGAGAUAUUCCUCUUGUUUAAAUGCCAUUCAAAUUUAGGAAGAAAUCCAUGCCUUGCAAAGCAGGUUGAAAAAUUCUUAUUUAGGCUAUGUACCUUUACAUAUUUGCAGAAAUACAUAUUGUAAAUAUAUACAUUGUAUCAUUACAAUUUGUAAUACACAUUAUGUACUCAUUUGUAUUUGUUUACACAGACAUAUACCUUGGUACACAUAUACUGUAUGUAUAUAUGAUAAAUGCUUGAGUGCUUGUGUGGGUGAUGUUAUUGGAUUGAUGUAAAUAUGCAAUCACAGAUAUGUCUUCAUCUUAAUAGAAUAAUGAUCACAGGAACUCAUAUUGAGAUUACUGAAGGUAUACAAUGUCCAUUGUAGGUAUGAUAGAGUGUAAUAACCAAGAAUAUUUAAGGUUGUGGAAAGGGGUUUAGCAUAUGAAAUUGGAUAUGAAAAUAUGCCUCAUACAUCACCAGUCAAUUGUGUCUAGUCAGUAUGGUGGUGGGACAGAGCUAAGAGGUCUAUUUAGUUUCCAUACACAGUCAUUUCAAUUGUGCACAGAGAAUUAUGUAUGUUAAUAUACAGUAUAUGAUAUAUUUAUGUAUGUGUAUGCGUAAUAGCCCUUUUUAUAAAGGGAAAAGGAAACACAAGAUGCUUAGAGUCUUUUGUGCAUUGGAAGGCAUCUUACUGGUUGUUAAAUGGCUGAAAGUACCCCAGUGCUUGGAUUUGUAGCCUAAAUUUCAUAGUUCAGUUCAGUCUUAGACGAGGGAGAAACUAAGUUUUAUUAUUUGCCUUCUCUACUUGGGAAGUCUAUUUGUGUGUAUGCAAACACACAUACACAUACAUAUAUACAUGUUUAAUCGUUCAGUAAUUAUGCCAUCCAAGGGUCUGAGGUUUAUCUAUGUCUUGGACUUAAUCAAAAUUCAACUUCUUGUGAGGUGAGUUUUGUUGCUAUAGUAUAUUUAUAUAAAUAUAUUUAUAUGUAUAGUAUAUCUAUAUUUAUCAUGAGCACAUUCACAAAAAGUUUCCAAUUUAUAAGCAAGAUGCAUUUGUGGUGUAAAAGUUUUAACAUGCAUAUAUUUCUUUUUGCAAAAGAGAGACUCCCUACUUCAUCUUAGUUAAGAAAACAACUUUUCAUCUUUAGCUGUUUGUAAAAACCCAUUUGCACCAGGUUACUUACUCUGCCAUAAGCAAAAAUAUUAUAUUUUAGCCAGCUUUCAUGUAGAUUUUCAUUUGAGGUGUUAGGGUUGGCUAAGUCACUGCAAUAAAUAGUAAAUAGAUUUGUAAGAAAAUGUCAUAUUAUACUAGUUUCCCAAAAUCCUACCACUGUAUGUAAAUGAAAUUGUAUCUGUAAUUUCUUUUGUGUAAAGUUCAGUCACUAACCCCCAGUCCAGAGUCAAAAUGAUAGUUUACAGGUAAUCCACCCUGUGGUUAGCCCCUCUAGCCUUUAACCCCCAUAAAGUACACAGAAUAAUUAAAACCGUUAUCUGAGGUCUGGAAUAGUAUGUGAUGUUCUUAGGGACAAGACAAUCCACCAGAAGUUCAGCCUGACCAGCCUCUCUUACUGCUGGCCCUAAUAAAGUAUGCAGAAUAAAGAUGCCUUCGUUGGAGGGGAGUAAGUUCAUUGUGAAGUUUAUUACAGUGUGAGUUCACCUGUUAUACGGUAAUUUAUGUUAUAUGGUAAUUGAUAUGAGAAAUGUGAGAACACUGUGUUCGAACUGCUGACUUUUUUAAAAAUCACAAUCAUAAAUUCUCAAGUUUAAUCAAUUUUAAUGUGACUUGCUUAGCAGACUGGCUUACACUUGAAAAUAUUUUUGUACAAAGUACACUAUUUAAAGAAUAGGGAAUAUCACCUAUCUGUUAUAUGAUGCAUGGCAUGUAUAUUAUGGAUAGAAGUACAGUAAUCAUAUCCAAUCUUUAAAUUUAGGCAUACUUGCCUUUUACCUCUUCCUUUGAAGGCUGUAUUAAAUUCAGUUGAAAUGCACAGUAACAUUUUUUUCAUACUUUACAAUGAUCAUGUGUUUCUUAAUACCAAAACAUUUUUCAGUUGUAGUGUUAUGUAAAGAUAUUUUAGGUUCUAAUUUUGAUACAAGCUUAAAAAAUGGCAGUUGUUUAAAAAGUACUGAAAUACAAAUACAACAAUGACGACAGUAUAUAAGAUUCAGCUCUGUGCAUGAGUAUCAUGCAAGUUGACGCUGUGAUGUGCAGUCAUAUAGGCAAAAAUGUUCUUGGUUGAAAGUGUAAAUAUAUGUAGCAAGUACAGAGAAAUCUAUAAUGAUAUUUUUAUCAAAUCAUAGUAACAUAAGGUCAUAAGGUUAUCCUGUAACUCACUGGUUUGGUUAAACUUCUACAUAUUUAUAAUAUCCAAAGGACAGGGAAAACAGGGAUUAAACAUUAGAACUCUUCAGGUAGCAUUCACUAAUCAUGACCUGUGACCAUUUAUCUAGCUGUCAUUUUUGUUUGAUGGACAAAGUCUGGAGGUCCACACCAAGCUGCCACCUUCCUUUCACACUUACCGGCCAUCUCAGGGCAAGGGCUCAUGUGGCCACAAAUCAGUUUGAUUUAGGCCAAACACCCAACCCUCUCGCUAUAUGAUUUGAGAUGAUAUUUAGAGCAUGGGAGAAUGAAAUUCAUAAACAUUUAGAUUUACUUAACAGCAGUUUAGGUCUGUAAGAGGUGUUUUGCUAUGGUCUCCCUAAAGAUCUGUGGCUAAGGUAUUGUGUUUUGCCAAUAUUUCACAGAUUACUUAAUUUUAAUAUGCUACUGCAAGGAUAUUUGCUGUAGCUGCUUAAAUUAGGCUUGGCAGUUGACAUUUUCUAGAUAGGUAUUGACCUGAGAUCUUUAAGUCAUUUGGUAAACUAUCCCAUCUACUCUUGUGGAUUAUGUAGUUUCAAGUAUGUAUGAAAUAAAACUGUGAUAGGGUGCUAGAUAUACUCAAUUAAGGUACAUUAUCUUCAGUAUUGAAUAAAACCUUAAAUUUUUCAUAUGUUAUAAAAUGAGAUAUGCAAAGAGGAGUUUGGCUUUUUCAUCAUAAUCUUUAAAGAAUAACAAAUACCUGACUCCUUGUAUGUAUGUUUAAAAAUAACAAAAGGAGGAAUACUAGAGUAUAUUAUUUUUAUUCCAUGAUAAUUAAGAGUUAGAUUGGCCAAAAGCUAGUUAAACUGGAACACAAUUUCAGAAAGUGUUUAGGGUUUACCACCUUGGAAAAAAUGUGCUUUGUACUUAGACACAAUUAAGAUAAUUGUGAAAGCCCAUGUGAUUUGUUGUUUUGCUUUGUAAAAGUUUUAACAAGUUUCUUGUUCAUGGCAUCUGAAUUUCAUAUUUCAUAUUUGCAGUGUUAAGUAGAUUUGACAGACUAUUUUUCUUAAGGGAAAAUUUCCCUAUUAAAUAGGUACUUUAGAGGUUUUUUUAUCUUAAUUUUUUUUAACUGCAUUUUGUUAAGAUGUUCAGCUAAUAAACUAAACACAAGGAGAACAGAAUUAAAAUACAUUUAUUUGUAAAAGUUAUUGGGCUAAUUAAGCUCUAAAUAGAAAUGGUGAUAUUUACAAGACUAAUUUUAGUAAUGCUAAGCACAAUUUACACAUUCACCUUAGAUUUUUACUUUAACCAGAUUGAAGUGGAAAAGGCAUCUAUUUUUGGGAGUAAUGUUUGAAGGCUUAUUGCACUGAUGAAAUUGAAGAUGAAGAAAUGUUUCUGUGUCAGAUUAAUUAGAAAACUUUGUUUAAUAUAGAUUUUUACUAUAAUUUUUUAUAUUGGCCAGGAUUCAGUGUGAUUCGUCACAUUUAAAAAGUGUAACUAGGUGAUCGUAAACAGACUUAACUUUUGUGUAAUGGUCAUGUAGAAGAACAGUUUAUACUUUGCCACACAUUAGAUGUUUAUACUAGAAACUUUUUUAAACAUAGUAUUUUGGCCUUUGACUAUAAUUUCAUCUUUAUUUUUUGUGUCUUGGGAAUUCGUAAACUGGAAACUUAAGGAGUGCUCACAUUAAAUAUAUUUAUACAAUUCUCUUGCAUACCCACAUAGACUUUGUACACAUAUUUAUAAUUGCAGUGAUAUGUGUAUGUAUUAAUUACAUACAUGUGAUUUUUUUCAUUAAUUGCUCACCCAUCUUUACUCAACUUAUUUUAUUGUAAUAUUCAGGGCAAAAGGGUAUUAUGUAUGCAAUAGACCUCUGAUAGAAAGUCUGGCAAAUUCAGGUGCAUUUUACUUUGAAAUUUCUGCCAUGCAGUUUGUUUCUAUUAGUUCUGUGUAUUUUGUGGGACAGUGGUAUUGGAAUUUUUCAACACUCCUGUGGCACUGGAAGGUUUGGGAUAAAUGUUUUGUGUAAUGGUUGGUGAAAUAAAAGUUGUAUUGUCAUGGCUGCGCUACAUUGUGAUCAUGAUAGAUUUUUACACUUAUUUAUUUUAUGGUUGUUAAUGUCAUAUGUUUACACAUAUACUGUACCAAUGCCUCGAAUGUAUGAGCCUAGAGUUAACUUGAUAUUCGAUAAGUUACUUCCUCAGAUUAUAUAUGUAUCAGAUGAGUAGGGUUGCCAACCCUCCCAGAUUGACUAAGAUUCCUGUAUAAUCUUUGCCUCCUGAAAUAAAUUCCUGGUCUCCCAGAAUUUUAGCCAAAUACAUACUGAUUUCUCAGUGAAUUGUAUUUGCACAUUUACUUAGGUAGUUUUCUAAAUGUAACCUGGGACAAAUGGCGAGUUCUUGAAAAGAGAAUUAUACGCAUUAUCCUCACCUGUUUAGAGUGCAUCUUGUGAAAUAGUAUUUAGUGUAAUGGGGCAGCUAUAAAAAAAGUGUAAGAAGCUCAGUGUUGAAUUGGGGAAGGCAGAACUUCAGGUAUACAUGUGCAGACUUUAAUGACUUUGUACAUAAUGAAAAAUCUCAAAAGUUCUAAGAGCAACUAAAAGUUAAACUAAAUAAAAAUUCAUGUAAUGCAUAUAUUACAGUAUCUAGCUUUAUGAUAUUUGUUCUGAGCAUGGAAAUUCUUUGUAUAAAUUUUCAUCAGUUUAAUUUGAAAUUUGACCCUUAAAAGUUGUUUCUAGAAUUCUGGAGUUUUUCACUAAGAUAUUUUCAUCUUCAUUAUUAAUAAGAAAAAUAUAGUUCAGGAAAAUGGCUUGCUUUUAUGUUUUUAUUACUUAAACUUCAAAAGAGAAAUUUAUAGUCUCCUGAGUUUGUUAUUCAUGCUUUCAUUGUACAGUAGAGACCCGGACCUCGAUCGUAUUAGAACUUGAAAUAAUCGGAUUUCAACAGAAAAUUUUAAGUAAUUUUGCAUCCAAGCUCAAUCAAAAAUCCGGAAAAGUGGUUCAGUCGGUCGCCGCUAAUAGGUGUUGUUCCCAUGCUCAUUUGGUGAGGAAAAUGGUAAGAACCACAAUUGAACUUAAGAUUAUUGAAAAUUAAAAUGCAAGAGGCAUUCAGUAACAACCUUAAAAUCCUGUGAGAUUUUUAAUUCUAGACUAAACCCUUGAAGUGUCGAUAGUUGUAUCGAUAGUUGCCUACAGUCACAACUAUCGACACUGUAAACAAAACAUUUGUAACCUAAUAAUGGUAAAAACCAUAUGUUAUUCAAGUGAAUCACUAAUGAUACAACUUUUGAUACUGAAGCAAAGCAACUAAUUACAGCAAUUACCGUGGGUAAUUACCAUAAACAUAAAUAUUUUCUGGAAAAAUAGUAAUUUGAAAAAGUUAAACAUUUUAUACAAAAUAAGCAUUGUCAUCGUAUGCCAUUUGCAUUUGAUAUUGUUUUCAUUCUCAGAAUCUCAGCUGUUUGAGCUAUUAAUAUCUUCACUGCCAUUACACUUGGCUGGUAGAAUAUAUGUAAUUUAGAUACUUUCUUGUAAAUUAACAAAGUUGGGUUUAAAAGUGGCACAAUACUUGAUUGUAUAAGCGUUAAGUGUGAUUUCGCUAGUUUUGAACAUCAAUUUUGCUUGCUCCUAUUUUUAUCUUCUUGUAGUGACGGCAAUUGAUGUUGGUAAGGUAAUCAGCCGUUUCUCGAUUUGGUUGCUUAUGUUUGCACUACAGGUUUACAAUCAUUACAUCCGUAAUUUAAGAGAGAGAGAGAGAGAGAGAGAGACUGUUGCCUGGGUUAGGUUGUUACACUUACACAUAUCUAUUAGCAAAAGUCAAUAAUAUUUGUGUAUUGAGAAUAGUGAUCAUUUUAAUAAAACCCUUGUUUAAUUGUAUCUGAUCAUAUUUCAUGUAUUAUUACCAUAUUAUCGAAUUAUAAUACGAACAGAGUGAUCUGCCAUUUGCAUUAUAUUUUUGUUUACGUUCUUAAAAUUUCAGCUGAUAUCAUUUUACUGACAUGAUCACUGUCUUUAGAUGCCGAAUGGAACUUAAUUUACAAAAGAAAGCUGGGUUUAAAAAUUGCAGCUACUUCAUUAUAAACGUAGUAUAUUAAAUAAAGUGCUACAUGUGUAAUUUUUGUCAGUUUCAGAAAGUGCUUUUGCCUGCCAAAACAUUUUUGCAUUGCUAAUUAUUCGUAAUUCCCAGACAUGCUUGACUGACUAAAGUUACGAUGCUCAUAAUUCAUAGUUCCCAGUCUUUCUAGACUUCGUGCCUUGUUUACUAAGGGGCAAUAUUUUCUUGGUAGUAUUUUAUAAUCAAAUUACGUAAAGGUUUUUGCGAUAUCAAUAGCUCCCUGGUUUAUCCUUAAUAUCGGGAUUCUCUCCAAUUUUAAAGGAAUACAUUUAUGAGGAUCUACUUCCAAUGGGUCCAAUGGGUAUUACUCCACCAAUAAUGUUGUCAAAUUAUAAAACACUAAGCGCCUAUUUAAAGUGCCCCUAUUUUACAAGGAUAUGAGAAAAAAAUUUAAUAUAACACAUACUGAAAGAUAUUUUUAAGUUAUUUUGUAUUCCAGUACUCUGUAUGAUAGUUUGUUUACGUCUGUUUAUGGCUGCUCGUGGCCACUAGCUAGCGACUUAACUGACGGAAUUUUUCUAAAAUUUAUGAUAACAGAAAUAAUUUGGCUUAUUUUAAAUAUUUUAUUAAUAUCCUGUAAGAAUUAGACUGUAUUUUCAAUGUUUUAAUAUUGGCAACAAUAAUUAUGCCUACCCCUUACAGCACAUACUACGUAUCUAGCGUAGCCUAUGGCACUCGGUCAUCCAUCAUAUUAUGGCCUAAUUGGGCAUACGUAGGGCAGUUAUUUUACUACAUUAUAUAUAUUUAAAAAUGAAAAAAGUGCAUUGAAUGGUAUGUUAUUUAACACUGAACUUAUUUCAUUGUAAUUUAUGUGUAUUUAUGGGUAAUGUUUUGUAUAAAAAGGCAAGGUUAGGGUAAUAACUGCUGGUCAAGAACGGAUUAAUCCAUUUUCAGUUAUUUCUUAUGGGAAAAAUUCAUUCAGAUCUCGACAAAAUCGCAUCUCGUCGCUGCUUCUGGGACGAAUUAGCAUCGAGGUCCGGGCUUUACUGUAUAGUUAAAAAUUACAGCAUAAACAAACCAACCUGAUUUGUGCGUGAUCAUUUAAUAUUUGUGGCAUUCAUGGAAGACACCAAAAUAAAAAUGAAAUACUUGUUGCACUCAAGAUGCAUCCCUAUUUUGUGAUUUGUGUGUAUGUGACAUCCAUCAUCUCUGGGAUUUGUACUUCAGAUUUAUGGCAAGAUUAAAUACUACAUGUCAGAUGUAGAAAUUGUCAUCAAGAUUGUUGUAUCUUUUUUACAAAAGGACUUUAGUAUUUGGUAUGACAUCUUUUUCAUCCAGAAACCCUUUUUUCAUUAUUGUAGAUAAAACGUAUGUUUCAGUAUUGCCUUUUUUUCAUUGAAGUGCGUGUAGUCCCUUGAGAAUGAUAAAUUUGAUAGUGCAAAAAUCUGUAAAUGGGCUUGCAUAAUGAAGAUAUUUUAUUAACAGUAGUUUUAGGCAUGAUUAAAAGAAAUAACUAAAAAUUUGUUUGUCAACAGGAAAGAUACUUACUUUUGUAUUAAGAUUUCCACUUGAUUUUAUACUCUGUGCAUUAUUCGGGCUAGGAACUAUUAUGACUUCCUGAAGCAAUUUAAUUCGGUUUGGUUUAUGUAUUUGAAUUGGAAUUUUUCCUUGCUUAUAAAAUGUGAAGUACAGUGUAUCCUAAUAAUGCAAAAUUAAAUAAACUAAGUAUGUGUGGUAUAUAUGUUAGAUACAAUUUUUUAUGAAUCAUCAUAUCAUGUGCAUGUGUUUUAUAUAUCGAUAGAUGAAAUGCUUUACUAGUUUCAAUUGAAGAAACUGUGCAUACUUUUACUAUUUACCUCAUGAUUUUACAAAGUUAACAGUACCUCGUCGUACUAAUAUUCUUAGAGUAAUUGUUUUACAAAGCAUAAUCUUGCAGAGCUGUGAUGUGGUUUUAUGCAAGAUUUUCAAAUGAAAGCGAAAGUAGAAUGUUUGUGAAAGAAAAUGUGUUGUUUGCACUGUAUAGCGUUUUACUUACAUGACUAUGAGCCAUUUUCUGGGCUCUUUGGGAGUUGUUUCAGUGAUGGUUUUUGGAAAGAGGUAUGUUACAGGUUCUUUGGGUAUUAUCUUUUGUCCUGAAUUUUGUGUGAAAGAAUCGGUACAUACUCAUGUCCCUCCAUUUUUAACAUUUUAAUAUAUUUCAUAAGUCCUUUCUAUUUAAAAUAAUAAAAAGUCUCCCAGUAUGUUAAUAUCGUAAAUAGAUUGAGAGGGUAUCUGACAAGAAAGUAAGAAUCACUAGCAAAUUUAAUAUAGGCACCAGUAUUUCUCUAUUGUUUUUGGAUUUAUAAAAUUGUUUGUGUGAAAUUCAAAUUCAUUUGCUUUAAUUUUUAGAUAGGUUUUUAAUAAAGUUAGAAUUUAGUUUUUAAACUAAAAAUGCUGUCAGUUGAGUUGUACACUGAAAUUUAAAGAGAUGGUAUUCAUUAUCGAGGAAUAAUGAAUAAUGAAUGUUUUGAGAAUUUUUAAAAAUGUUUUCCAAUUUUAGAAUAUUACUUCAGCUUGUUAUGUUCGUAAUCAUCCUAAGCUUUUAUCACUUUCAUAAUCUAUGGCCUCUACAUUGUUUUUGUAUUUAUAUUAUCAAACCUUUUUUUGUGUAUCUUUUACAUGAUCAAGUCCAAAAUAUCGAAUAUCAUGUUGACUUCUAGUUGCUUCUCACAACUGAAAUAGAACUGAAGAAGCUUUAGAUUUUAAUGGGCGUAGCAUGUUUAGUAUGUGACAUAGGGAUAAACGCAUCUUUUACUAGUAUUUUAAUUAUGCAUUUAAUGUUACUGUUCUUUGAAGUUUUAUUUUUAUGCUUCCAAAUAAUUACAAUAAUUUGUAAUUGUAGCAUUGUAUAAAAUACAAAAUCAGUUUGGAAGCAGGAAUUGAGUUAACCAGAGUAUAAAUUGAUGGAUUUAUAAGUUUUUGUAUAUUUAGUAAUCAAUUUUGUUCCUUUUAUUUAUUUUGUUUUAUCCUUGUGUAUGCUUGCUUGUAGAUGUAACAUCAUAGACUUCUGCCUUCAGUUUUUGAGGGUCAGUGAACAUUUUCAAGUCAAAAUAGUUUGGUCUUGAUUUUUUUUCAUGGUAUUUUUAAGAAAAAUAUUUUGCCUUUAUUCAGUAUAGAAAAAUGUAGGAGGAUGACUGUAACUCCUAUUGUAUCAUAGUCUCUAUGAGUUUUAAUACAUGAAACAAUGAAA